CCGAGAGGACCGGAAACAAUGGGCGCCCCUUAUGGCUCGGAAGUCCCACAUCUGACACUGACAGUGACACAGACAAGCACUCGGAGGCAAGGAGGAGCCGCAAGCAGAAGCUAGGGAGGAGCUUUCUGAAUGCAAAGUGCAUACCUAUGUCAGAGCAGGCUCUUCAUGUCAUUGCGCAGGAUUUGAAAAACUGCCUCAUUUCGUGCUGCUCCUUUGAGUGACGUGAAACAUUGCAGCGGCAGGAAAGCAAGGAGCACUGACCCAGGGUGGUGCAAGCAGCAUUGCACUGGAGUUGCCUGCAAUAGCUUUGAUAUAAAACUUCAUUCACGAUUUUAUAUGCGAUGGCUGCAGUCGCUCGGAAACUCUGCAGGGGUGACCUUUUGUCAAGUACCACAAGUCAGAGAUUACAAUGUGACCCGCAGAGGGUGACGCAACUCGCUUCGCCAGCACGCAGCUUCUUUGGAGAUUCAAAACGAGCGUUACUGCCGCCAACUUUGGGAAAGCAGAGAAGUCACAGGGUGUCAGCAACUAGGCGCGGCAGCGUGCAAUGCAGUGUCGCGGGUGCAGCACCAGGAGGUGCGGCGGAAGAGGAGGACCCUUAUGCGGUAUUGGGGGUCAGUCGACUGGCCAGCUCGGAUGACAUCAUGUCUGCUCGGAGAAGGAGAGUCAAGGAUGCGGAAAGAAGAGGGGACACGGCUGCUCAGGAAAGGUUGGAAAAGGCAUAUGACAGCAUCAUGUAUGGGCAGUUGAACAAGCGGGCAUCAGGCAUAGCCUUCGGAAAUGUGGAGGUCUCGAAGGACAUCAAGUACGCUGACCGACAACCUUUGACUCCCAAAUGGUGGCCCAAGAAAGCGCCCGUCGAUCGGAAAAACACGCUCAUUAAUGCCGCUGUGGCGGGUAUACUGAUUAUAUCAACGGCGGGCAUGAAGUACCCGAACGCAGACAAGCUGCCACUGGUGCUGGUCGCCAUGAUCCUGCGGCUCUACUUCAAGCUCGGCGAAUUCUACCCAUACGAGGAGGAGGACCGGGAGGAAAAGGCCAACGCACGUAACCAGUUGCUGCUCCGGGUGCUGGGGCUCAGCUUCGGGACGUUCGGAGUUGCAGGCCUGCUCUCUAGCUUGGCUGCCAGCGCGCUCGCUUUCCCGCCGGCCAUUGUUGUCAACACUGUUGUCGUCGCAACUGUGUUCUACGUUGUUUCUUUCCUUCGGUAGCAGCGGAUGGUUCGUUACCGGCGCCAGUGUUAGGCUGUCUAUCAGGGGGGUCGUGCGAUUAGCUCAGAACUUAAGUCGAGAGAGUGCAGUCAAUUCUUUCCUUUUUGGCGGAACUUGUGUCUGAGUAUAGGUGCGCUAUGGCCAAUCUUGUGCAAUCACUGAGCUCCGCGAUUGUCCACAAAUUCAGGUCACAUGGUCAAGCACAUGGUCACCAUGUACCAUACAUGCGAGCC